AUGUUCUACAACCUUUCAGUGACGUUCGAAGGUAGUAUAAACAAGGGGUCAGGAGGACCGUUCAGGCAGACGCUGGUAAAUCGAGAGCCGCAGAUGGACCCAGCCAGCAGCCAGCAGCGCUCCCAGCCAGCAGCCAGCAGCGCUCCCAGCCAGCAGUGGUCCCUGCCAGCAGCAGUCCCGGCGAGCACCAGCAGCCAGCAGCCAGCAACGGUCCCAGCCUACAGCCAGCAGCGGUUUCAUCCAGCAGCCAGCAACCAGCAGCAGUCCCAGCCAGCAGCCAGCAGCGGUCCCAGGCAGCAGCCAGCAGCGGUCCCCGUCAGCAGCGGUCCUGGCCAGCAGCCAGCAGUGGUCCCAGCCAGCAGCCAACAGCCAGCAACGGUCCCACCAGCCAGCAGUGGUCCCCGUCAGCAGUGGUUCCAUCCAGUAGCCAACAGCAGUCCCAGCCAGCAGUGGUUCCAUCCAGUAGCCAGCAGCGGUCCCAGCCAGCAGCCAGCAACACUCCCAGCCAGCAGUCGUCCCCACCAACAGUGGUCCCAGCCAGCAGCCAGCAGCGGUCCCAGCCAGCAGCGGUCCCCACCAGCAGCGGUCCUGGCCAGCAGCCAGCAGCGCUCCCAGCCAGUAGCCAGAAGCCAGCAGCGGUCCCAGCCGGCAGCAAGCAGCGGUUCCAUCCAGCAGCCAGAAACCAGCAGCAGUCCCAGCCAGCAGUCAGCAGCAGUCCCAGGCAGCAGCCAGCAGCGGUCCCAGGCAGCAGCCAGCAGCGGUUCCCAUCAGCAGCGGUCCUGGCCAGCAGCCAGCAGCGGUCCCAGCCAGCAGCGGUCCCCACCAGCAGCGGUCCUGGCCAGCAGCCAGCAGCGCUCCCAGCCAGUAGCCAGCAGCCAGCAGCGGUCCCAGCCGGCAGCCAGCAGCGGUUCCAUCCAGCAGCCCGAAACCAGCAGCAGUCCCAGAAGCAGUCAGCAGCAGUCCCAGGCAGCAGCCAGCAGUGGUCCCAGCCAGCAGCCAGCAGCAGUCCUAGCCAGCAGCGGUCCUCACCUGCAGCAGUGCUGGCCAGUAGCCAGCAGCGGUCCCAGCCAGCAGCCAGCAGCGGUCCCCACCAGCAGCGGUCCUGGCCAGCAGCCAGCAGCGCUCCCAGCCAGUAGACAGAAGCCAGCAGCGGCCCCAGCCGGCAGCAAGCAGCGGUUCCAUCCAGCAGCCAGAAACCAGCAGCAGUCCCAGCCAGCAGUCAGCAGCAGUCCCAGGCAGCAGCCAGCAGCGGUCCCAGGCAGCAGCCAGCACCGGUUCCCAUCAGCAGCGGUCCUGGCCAGCAGCCAGCAGCGGUCCCAGCCAGCAGCGGUCCCCACCAGCAGCGGUCCUGGCCAGCAGCCAGCAGCGCUCCCAGCCAGUAGCCAGCAGCCAGCAGCGGUCCCAGCUGGCAGCCAGCAGCGGUUCCAUCCAGCAGCCCGAAACCAGCAGCAGUCCCAGAAGCAGUCAGCAGCAGUCCCAGGCAGCAGCCAGCAGCGGUCCCAGGCAGCAGCCAGCAGCGGUUCCCAUCAGCAGCGGUCCUGGCCAGCAGCCAGCAGCGGUCCCAGCCAGCAGCGGUCCCCACCAGCAGCGGUCCUGGCCAGCAGCCAGCAGCGCUCCCAGCCAGUAGCCAGCAGCCAGCAGCGGUCCCAGCCGGCAGCCAGCAGCGGUUCCAUCCAGCAGCCCGAAACCAGCAGCAGUCCCAGAAGCAGUCAGCAGCAGUCCCAGGCAGCAGCCAGCAGUGGUCCCAGCCAGCAGCCAGCAGCAGUCCUAGCCAGCAGCGGUCCUCACCUGCAGCAGUGCUGGCCAGUAGCCAGCAGCGGUCCCAGCCAGCAGCCAGCAGCGGUCCCCACCAGCAGCGGUCCUGGCCAGCAGCCAGCAGCGCUCCCAGCCAGUAGACAGAAGCCAGCAGCGGUCCCAGCCGGCAGCAAGCAGCGGUUCCAUCCAGCAGCCAGAAACCAGCAGCAGUCCCAGCCAGCAGUCAGCAGCAGUCCCAGGCAGCAGCCAGCAGCGGUCCCAGGCAGCAGCCAGCAGCGGUUCCCAUCAGCAGCGGUCCUGGCCAGCAGCCAGCAGCGGUCCCAGCCAGCAGCGGUCCCCACCAGCAGCGGUCCUGGCCAGCAGCCAGCAGCGCUCCCAGCCAGUAGCCAGCAGCCAGCAGCGGUCCCAGCCGGCAGCCAGCAGCGGUUCCAUCCAGCAGCCCGAAACCAGCAGCAGUCCCAGAAGCAGUCAGCAGCAGUCCCAGGCAGCAGCCAGCAGUGGUCCCAGCCAGCAGCCAGCAGCAGUCCUAGCCAGCAGCGGUCCUCACCUGCAGCAGUGCUGGCCAGUAGCCAGCAGCGGUCCCAGCCAGCAGCCAGCAGCGGUCCCCACCAGCAGCGGUCCUGGCCAGCAGCCAGCAGCGCUCCCAGCCACCAGCAGUGGUCCCGGCCAGCAGCCAGAAACCAGCAACAGUUCCAUCCAGCAGCCAGCAGCCAGCAGGUAUCCUGGCCAGCAGCCAGCAGCGUUCCCAGCCAGCAGCCAGCAGCGUUUCCAUCUGGCAGCCAGCAGCCAGCAGCGUCCCCUCCCUCUUCCUACAAUUACAUCCUCUCUCGUCCUGAUCCUUCCCUCCUU